AGUGGCGCGGCGGGCGGCGCAGGCGCGAUCGUGCGCAGGCGCGGGGGCCACCCCGGGACCCCUGGGGCCGGGGAGGGUUUGGUCCGCCAGACCCCGGCGUCGGGCGCGAGAGGAGGCGGGCGGGAGGGACGAGCGAGCCGUUCGUGCGGCGCGCAGGGCUCUGCGAGUCACGCACGUGACCUCUGCGAAGGCAGAAAUGUCUUUCCUCCAGGAUCCAAGUUUCUUCACCAUGGGAAUGUGGUCCAUUGGUGCGGGGGCCAUCGGGGCUGCCGCCGUGGCACUGCUCCUGGCCAACACGGACGUAUUUCUGUCCAAGCCCCAGGAAGCCGCGCUGGAGUAUCUGGAGGAUAUAGACCUGAAAACACUGGAGAAGGAACCAAGGACUUUCAAAGCAAAGGAGCUCUGGGAAAAGAAUGGAGCUGUGAUUAUGGCUGUGCGGAGGCCAGGCUGCUUCCUCUGUCGAGAGGAGGCCGCGGACCUGUCUUCCCUGAAGCCCAGGUUGGACGAGCUGGGCGUCCCCCUCUAUGCAGUGGUGAAGGAGCAGGUCAGGACUGAAGUGAGGGACUUCCAGCCUUAUUUCAAGGGAGAAAUCUUCCUCGACGAGCAGAAAAAGUUCUAUGGUCCCCAAAGGCGGAAGAUGAUGUUCAUGGGAUUUGUCCGUCUGGGGGUCUGGUACAACUUCUUCCGCGCCUGGAGUGGAGGCUUCUCUGGAAACCUGGAAGGCGAGGGCUUCAUCCUUGGGGGAGUUUUUGUGGUGGGACCAGGAAAGCAGGGUAUUCUUCUCGAGCACCGAGAGAAAGAAUUUGGAGACAAAGUAAACCCAGAUUCUGUCCUGGAAGCUGCUAGGAGGAUCAAACCACAGACUUCAGCCUCAGAGAAAAAAUGAUUGCGUGAGACUGCCCAGCUCAGGGACAACCAGGGCCCUCACCUGUGUGCAUGAGAUGUGUUGUGUUUCCACUCCAGUCCCUAAGGAGUUAGAAACCCAUUUAUGCCGUAUCUUUAGUAGAGAUGAUUAACAUAUUUUAACAUUUACUCUGUUCAGGCCGGAUAAGGGAAACUGGCCCCCAAACAGGACUGAUAGAAAUCUAAGAACUAGAGAUGCUUAUUUCAGCUAAAACCUGGAAAAUCUGAGGCUUAAUGUUGACCACUGCACCUCAUUGCUACCAUAUGCAGUGUUUCAGUGCUGUUAUUUGAAAUGAUUUUUAUUUUCAUGUCUUCAAAUAUCUAAGAAAAAUUGAUGAUUGACCUGAAGAUUAAGAAUAUAAGGUUUUUCUUGUGUUUUCAAUGAAUGACUUGUUUUAUAAUGUUAAAGUAAUACUCAUAUAAAGGAAUUGAUGUGCUUCAGAUGGCUUGAUAAAGGUAAAUUAUAAAGUGAAAUGUAAUUUUUUCAUUGUCUCCCAUUCUAACCCCAGAGGUUUGUUUUCUGGAAGAAAUGAUCAUCUGUGGCUCUAAUAAAAGUAUGCAUCAUAAGUCGCCUAUAUAUACAAGUUUUUCUGAUAAAACUAACAAUAAAAUAUUUACCAUAA